UGUCCUCAAAUAGUCUCCAUCAAAGACAGAAGACACUGUACUAAUGUCCCUUUGAGGUAGUCAUACUGCGCAUGCGCGCUGCAUCUCCUCACUCCCUCUCCUCUUGUUGCCUUGGUAACGGGAAAGGGGGGCUGGCGGCCGGAGGGAAGGAGUAGAGAGGUACCCAGACUAAUCACAUGACCGCUCCUCGUCUUAUUAUCUCUGUGGUGGACGUACAUCAUUUGGUCCCGGACCCAGAACGCAAAUAUCAGUGAGUUACCAGUAAGCCCGUGUUCUCCCCCGGCUCAUCUGCAGGUCGACUGACCGGAUUUCGACAUGUCAGACGUAGUUCCUCCAGAAGUGAGACCCAAACCAGCUGUCCCUGCCAAGCCCCCAAAUGUGGGGGCUCCAUCCCCCUCCAGCCCCUUCCCGCCCCAGGGGCCUGGCAUCGGGGGAGGUGGCGUCUCAGCUCAACCUCCGAGUUGCAUCCCAGUCCCCAUCGGGAGUCAUGGCCCCAGUCAUGUUGUGAGCCACAAUGCAGCUCAUACUGGGAGUCACGCUGCAGCAGCACACACUGGAGGUCUCAGCAGCUCCCUCAACGCUGGCUCUGGGUCCACUCUGCUGGGGUACAUCGGCAUCGACACCAUCAUCGAGCAGAUGAGGAAGAAGACCAUGAAAACCGGCUUCGACUUCAAUAUCAUGGUAGUAGGUCACAGUGGUCUCGGGAAGUCAACUCUGGUGAACACCUUGUUCAAGUCCCAGGUGAGCAGGAGGAACGCAGGGUGGACCCGCGAUGACAAGAUCCCAAAAACUGUGGAGAUCAAAGCCGUGUCUCAUGUGAUCGAGGAGGGUGGUGUGAAGAUGAAGCUGACAGUUGUUGACACUCCUGGAUUUGGAGACCAAAUCAAUAAUGACAACUGCUGGGAGCCCAUUUCCAAGUAUAUCAAUGAGCAGUAUGAGAAGUUCCUAAAGGAGGAGGUCAACAUCACCAGAAAGAAGCGCAUCCCUGACACCAGGGUGCACUGCUGUCUUUAUUUCAUCUCCCCAACUGGACACUCUCUUCGGCAGCUAGAUGUCGAGUUCAUGAAGCGCUUGAGUCACUCAGUCAACAUUAUCCCAGUGAUUGCAAAAUCAGACACGAUGACCAUUGAAGAAAGACAGGAGUUCAAACAGAGGGUGAGGAAGGAGCUAGAGAUGAGCGGGAUUGAGUUUUACCCACAGAAAGAAUUUGAUGAGGACAUGGAGGACAAGAGCGACAAUGACAAGAUCAGAGAGGCGAUGCCCUUCGCUGUGGUGGGCAGUGACAAAGAAUAUCAAGUGAAUGGCAAACGUGUUUUGGGGAGGAAAACAGCAUGGGGAGUUGUAGAAGUUGAAAAUACCAACCAUUGUGAGUUUGCUCAGCUGAGAGAUUUCCUGAUCAGGUCUCAUCUACAGGAUCUGAAGGAGGUCACUCAUAACAUUCACUAUGAAACCUACCGUGCCAAGAGACUGAACGAGAAUGGAGGUCUGCACCCCAUAUCCGCCAAUGACACCCAAGAAAGCAACCUGUAAUCAGUCUAAUAGGGGAAUCGUUCAAAGUGAGAGCAAAAACAGUGCAAUGAAGCUGAUAGAUAAAUCUACAGUAUAUUAUCAUCAUUAUCAUCACAGCAUCGCUGCAUGCUUGGAAAACAUUUAAAUCUGUAUAAAUUGGUGUCAUGUAGCCAUGUCAUAUGUUUCUGAGUCCAAGCUCCACCCGUCACUUUCUCCACUUUCUUCCCCAACGUCAUCCCACAAACACAUAUCAGACCCUUCUAGCUCUAUUCCUAUGAAUAUCUGGAUGAAAGGACAGUCCCAGCCAGAGACUUAGUGCCAUUAUUGUAAUUUUAUCUACUGCCAAUGCCUUGUCAUUUCUCAUUUUCCAGGUAUUACAAGCUUAGGAAGUGCCACAUAAUGAUGUGUAAAAAAGGCAAAUUUUUAAGUCUGUCAUUAAAUUUGUUUUAGCCUUGUCUACAACUGCUGUCUGGAUUCAGAUAAAUGAAAUGAUUUAUUCUAAAUGUUUAAAUCAUAACCUUUGUAUAGAAGUGAUACACGUGGCACAAUGCAGUUGACUAUACAAAUUGAUUUAAAACAAAUCACAGUAGCAACUGUUCAUUUGAAGAAACAACUCUGUAGCUUUACAGUCUAGAGGGUUUAACAAAGAUUACAAGCUAUGCUCUUCUUUUACACCCACCAUCACGAAGAAAACUUUUUUCUAAUGAUCUUUUGCCCUGUUCAUGUUUAUUCUCUUGAUUUUAAAAUAGUUUGCAUGCACAGACCUGCGUACAAAGAUGAGAGACAGCUGCAACGUCAUUCACAUAUGAAAUGUAAUUCUGUGGGAAGCAGUGUGAGAGUAAUUAAAGUGGACACAGGGUGCAUGACUGUGCAUACUGCAGAUUCUGUGAUUUCUAUGAUUCACCAUACUAGCACAAACACAAACUGAACAGUUAGGGGACGGCUUAGCUCAGCUUUGUUACGCAGCAUCUUGUAUAGUGCAAAGAACUGUAGUCCAUUGCAUUUGUGUUUUCCGCAAUUAGCAUUGGCCGACUUUGCUCUUGCAAUGACGGAUAAUGACUAGAGGAUAAUUAUGAAACAGAUCAGUAAAUUUAUAUUUUUUCCUGAAUUCAAUUGAGGUUGCGACCUAUUCUGUCAAAUAAAUGGACAGAUUCACAUGAUUUUAAUGUUAAUAUAAAAGCCUGCAACAUUAAAUUCAACUUGUCUUA